AUGGCAGGCACCGCUGGUGCGACGAACGAUGAGGACGACGACUGCCAGUUUGAGUACGUGGCGCCACUAACGGCCCAGACAAAAGGGGGUGCGAGCGGCGACGCGCGGCAGUUGAGCAAGACAGCCUACGAGGAGGAGCGGGAUGCACGCGUGAGGGCCAUUGUGAGUCAACAGGGUCUGGCGCUGCCGCCUCCGUCUGAGGCGGUCUCGCCGUGCGGCACGGAGGAGAAGGGGGAGGUUGAGGACACGUUAGCGCAACGGCAGGACCCGGAGGAGAGGCAAAGCACCAAGCCGGCGCUUAACCCCACGGAGGAGGCCCAGCGGCUGAAGAAUCAGCGUUAUGCCAUUUACCGUCGUAACCGGUACUUGAAUCAGAAUGCGCUGAGGGAAGUCGACCCUGGCACCAAGCGCUACAUGCAGAUUGUAUAUACCCCCAGCAAUGCAGUGGGGAGGCAGUACCACACGAUGCGACGUGGCGGUCACACCGGGCCUUUGGCGGGCGGACAACAGUUUACACCGCGAGGUCAAUCCGGGUUUAAACGAUCGCGGGACUGA